AUGAUUUCUGAAAGCAGCUCCUUCGUGAAGGGUGUGGUGCUGGGGGGAGCCUUCUGCAUGCUGGUGACGCUCCUCGGACAUAUUAAGGUGGGCCACGGGACUAAAGCACAUCACCACGAGCACCAUCACAUUCAGGCUCCCAACAAAGAAGAUGUCUUAAACCUUUCGGAAGGUGAACGCAUGGAGUUCAGUAAAAGCAUCCGUGUUUAUUGUAUCAUCCUUGUGAAACCGAAAGAUUUGGGGCACUGGGCUGCAGUGAAAGAGACGUGGAGCAAGCACUGUGACAAGGUGGAAUUCUACAGCUCUGAAAAUGUCAAAGUGUUUGAUUCUGUACCCCUCAACACAAAUGAUAUGUGGGUGAUGAUGAGAAAAGCUUACAAGAUAACAUACGAACGCUAUAAAGAUGAAUUCAGCUGGUUCUUCCUUGCAUAUCCAACAACAUUUGCUAUUAUUGAAAAUCUCAAGUAUUUCUUACUGAAAAAAGACCCCUCACAGCCUUUUUAUAUAGGCCAUACUGUGAAAUCUGGUGACCUUGAGUAUGUAGAUGGUGAGGGAGGAAUCGUCUUAAGCAUUGAAUCACUAAGACGACUCUCCCAUAUUCUUGAAGACUCUGACAAGUGUCCGGAGCAGGGAAGUAUGAUUUGGAAACUUGCUGAGGAUAAACAGCUAGCAAUCUGCCUGAAGUAUACCGGAGUGUUUGCCGAAAACGCGGAAGAUUCAGAAGGAAAAGACGUCUUUAACACUAAAUCAGUCGGUGCUCUCAUUAAGGAAGCAAUGUCUACUCACCCUCAGCAGGUGGUGGACGGCUGCUGCUCCGACAUGGCCAUCACAUUCAGCGGACUGGCCCCGAACCACAUGCACGUGAUGAUGUACGGUGUGUACAGGCUGAGACCCUACGGCCACACAUACAGUGAUGCACUGGUCUUCCUUCCGCCUGCAGGCUCAGACAAUGACUGAUGUCUCUUCGGAGAACACCUGGAACCAUGGAGUCAGCUCUUCUCAUGACACUCAUUUGUACUGACAGAUUUGAUUUUUGUAUCUGGUGGUACCAGUGUACAAUUUUUUUUUUGCACAUUGAGGUUUGGUAAAGCUCUUAAUUUUAGAAGCAGAAGGAGAACUUUUUUCUAAAUCUUUUAUACAGAAAUGCUUUUGACAGUGCUGGAAUGAAAUGAUAAAGAAGUUGUUAAUGUUUAUGAUAAAAGGAAAUUAAGUUUAUAUGGGGGGUUUGUACAUGUAAAUAUUUAUUAAUGAAAACUCAAACAAACUUUACUCUACUGUUACAAAUAUAUUUUUGCAAGACUUUGAUUCUUUCAAUUCUUCCAGGCAUUUCUAGAAUGUCUUUAUAUCUUUCUAAGAUGUACCAAUAAAACUGACUACAGAUUCAGUCUCAAAGACUAACUUUAAGCUAUUUCCUUUACGCUAAACUAGACAAUAGCUUGAGCUCUCCUGUUAACGUGGCACCUAUCGCUUUAUGUACAGCCUCCCAAUCCAGUAAGGAAUUAGCAGGAAGCAAGCUGACAAGAGAUCUGUUAGGAAGUUGCAGCAGAGUAAUAUUUAGUGACCUUUGGACUGCUGUUUUUAAGCAGACAAAAGAAAGAGAUAACUAUAUUUGAAUAAGUAUUAACAUGGUCAGGUAGCCUGUUAGCACAAGACUAAUUGCUCAUUUAAUAUUUCACUUCAUAUGUAAGCAUAUUAGAAUAAAGGUUCAGUAUUAUUUUCACUCCUGUUAGUGGUGCUAAUAUAUUUACAAGGAAGAAGCUGGUUAACUGUCAAUACAAAUGCAGUGUAGAUAUAUUUACAGAUAUUUUUAACACCAAGAUGCAGAAAGAACAACACAUGCUUGCACUCCCACCUUUCUUUAAAUAUUAUGCAAAACAGGUUAUGUGCACAACAAAGCAGUAUGGAGAACUCCCCAGUACUGGUUGGGGGGAGGUUGUGUGGUGGUUUUGGGGUGUUUUUUGUUUGGUUGGUUUUGUUUUUUACAAUUGAGUGCACCUGAAAUCAGUUCUCUACAAGUUACCAGGUCACAAUCCCUUCUAGUCACAGCAAGUAAGAAUGAACAACACUUCAAUGUUUACUCCAUUCAGAAUUCGCUGACCGGGAUGUUUUAAGACUUAAGGAAGGUACUGUAUCUGUCUGCUACAUGUAGGUCUAUCACAGGCUUUGUUGGUACUACAAUAUCCGUAAAAGACCUGAGAAGAUCUCGGAAGAGGUUUGACCAAACUUUUUUUUGCAACACUGCUGUAAUAAUCACCUUAAUUUUUGUC